AGUCGAGAGUGGCAACAAAAGGAGGAGUACGGCUCGGAUUAGAGUUGGACUCGGCAAAGAGCGCAGCAAAAGUGGAGGGAAAGAAAGAAAUCCGCAGCCUAAGGGGGAGGCAGCUGAUUACAAUCCAGUCCAAUCCGAUCGCCUCCCGAGCAGACCCGAGCGGAGCGGGCGGGAGGAGGAGGAGGUUUAGCUAAGGUUCUCGCCUGCGGUCGCAUCGAUGCGGAGGUUCCAGGAGUCCGUCAAGGCCCUCGAGGCCGACAUCGAGCACGCCAAUGCGCUGGCGUCCGAGUUCCUGAGGGACUACGACGGGUCGUUCAUCCAGAUGCGGAUGGCCUACAGCGCCGUCGCGCAUGUCCUCGUCCAGUGGACCGACUGCAGACUCGCCAGCGCGCUCGGCCUCCUCAAGAUUAUGAUUUACAAGAUGUACGCGGAGGAUCGCACCACGACCCUGCCAAGUUGGGAGAGGGAGGCCAGCAUCAGAGAAUUCUACGGUAUUAUAUUCCCGUCGUUGCUUCAGCUGCCAAGCGGGAUCACUGAACUGGACGACAGGAAGCAAAGGAGGCUGUGCAUCGACAAGUUCAAGAGAAGGGAUGGCGAUUUCUCUCAGGUGGAUUUGGAGAGGGAGGUCGAGUGCGGGAUUUGUCUCGAGGUGAACGCUAAAAUCGUGCUACCCGACUGUACGCACUCCUUGUGCUUGAGGUGCUUCGAAGAAUGGAAUGCUAAAUCAAAGUCGUGCCCCUUUUGCCGCGCCUGUCUCCAGAAGGUGAAGCCGAGCAGUCUGUGGGUGUACACCGAUAAACGUGAUGUUGUAGACAUGGAUGCGUUGACUAGGGAAAACAUUAGGAGACUGUUUAUGUACAUAAAUAAGCUACCACUUGUAGUCCUCCAUGUUGUUGACCUUGACAUUUAUGAGUACCAUAGCAAAUAGAAUGCCUUGUUCACA